UAGAAAUAUUCUAAUAAAAGUUCUUCAUGUCUUUGGUGGCAUUUUCUCUAUGAAACAACAAGUCAAGUGAGCAUUCCUCUCCUGUUUUGUAAAAGGGAAAAUUAAGGCUUGGAGAAACGACAUAAUAAUUUAGUAGAGAGCCAGGGAUUUUCUUGUCUCCCGGUCCUAUGAAAUACUUCCCACCUUGCCAAGUUUUCUGCUGAGAUUUGAAAAAUACUCUUCAUCUUAGCUCCAUCUUCCUUACUUUUCAGAAAAUAAAGCAAUGAUCAUUUAGUUUUGGAACUUAAUGUUAUCUAAUCACCAGGCUUUUCUGUCACUAUUUGAUUUCCUUAGCUAAGAGAGAAAGAGGAAAAAAAAAGUUAUGUUCUCCAUGCUCAUUUAAUGCUGUGUGGGGACUCUUUGAAUCAAUCCCACCCCACAGUUGCCCUCAACAAUCACUCAGUAAAAUUAGAUAUGAUCUAAAAGGUGGUUUUAUUCAAUUCUUAUGAGACAGAUAUAUGUGUGUAAACUAAUGUCUAAUUUUCUUAUGAAAUACUUUGCAUAUUGAAGUUUUUUUGAAAUACUUUAUGAAGUAAAUGAUUUCUGACUUAAGUAUAAAUCACUUAUACAGCAUUCAUUUGUUCCUAUAGAUAUGUUUCUUUACAACUAUUCCCUUGCCAUGUUUGCUCAUUUUUAAAUUUUUUAUGUGUAUUUGUUUUUGAGAGAGAGAGAGAGAGAGACAUAGAGCGUGAGCAGUGGAGGGGCAGAGAGAGAGAAGGAGACACAGAAUCUGAAACAGGCUCCAGGCCUCGAGCUGACAGCACAGAGUCCGACGCAGGGCUUGAACUCACAAACUGCGAGAUCAUGACCUGAGCUGAAGUCAGAUGCUUAACCGACUGAGCCACCCAGACGCCCCGAUGUGUGCUUAUUUUUAUUCUGACUUUAGAUUUUAUUUAAGAGAGAGAGAAAGAGAGAGAGACAGAAACCUAAAGACCUAUAGAUCUUGGAACCUAGCUAAAACAUUUUUUGUAUGUGUCUGUCUGACUUAUCUGUUUCAAUGAGAACUGAAGUCAGGGUAGAGGGGAAUUUCGUGGUCACCACCCAAACAUUCUAAUCUCCAAACCUGCUUUCCUCAAAGAUGGGAGAGUUUUCCAGUCCAUUUGUCAACCUCUCAGUCCUACUGCAAUGGUUAAGAAUAAAUGACCCAGAACCAGGAGAGUUGAUUAUCAACAUAGUAAAGGGGAGGGUUUCAGAGAGCAGGAGAGGAGGGCUAAUCACAUGGAGAAGGGGAGUGAAUGGAGGUUGGCAAUUAUUCAACAGUCGCCCUGAAAUGUGCUGGUGAAGGACCAAGAAUAUUACUCUUUUUCUGAUGGAGACGAGAACUUAUUUGAUCACCAGCAAUCUGCCUUUGAGCCUCCUAAAGUUAAGUUUCUCACCACUGCCUAGAGAAAUACGUAAUUCUGAGGACUGAUGUGUCCUCCUUGAAUGUCUUCUUUUUGGGGACAGUGGGAGAAAGUUAAAGACCUACAGAAAGGAUUACUAAUAGGGAAGGAAGGAAGGCAGGGGGAAGCGAAUGUGGAUAACAUAAAAACAGAGUAGAAAUAGAGAAAGAAGCCAGGAUGAAAGGGGAGAGAAAGACCACAGAAAAUAAAAGCCCAAAGGAAUAAGAGGACAGAACAAAAAAGAGUGAGAAAGAGCGCGCGCGGGAGAAGAAGAAAACUGAUUUACUGCUGAGAAAAGUUUGUCUCCUUAAGUCCUCUAGGUCCAGAAGUCUGACCUAGCACAGAGCAUGGAAAGGAGGCAACAGACACCCAGACCGUGAUCCUGGAGAAGCGGUUCAGCCCCCAUGGUGAUGCAAGCCCAGGCCGUGACAGCCUCUGCCCUGGUGUAUUUCAUCCAGCUUCCUUGGGCAAGAUGUGAGGAGAACUGUGUGAGUCCUGAACAGUUGCUGGUGGUCAUUGGCGGGCUGCUGCUUCUGUGUGGCCUGACUUCUGUGUGCUUCCGCUGCUGUCUGAGUCGCCAGCAAAAUGGGGAAGAGGAGGGCCGGCCUCCCUAUGAAGUGACAGUCCUCGCUUUUGAUCAUGACAGCACUCUCCAAAGCACUAUCACUUCCUUGCAGUCGGUAUUUGGCCCUGCAGCUCGAAGAAUCCUGGCUGUGGCUCACUCCCACAGCCCCCUGGGCCAACUGCCUCCCUCUUUGGACACCCUCCCAGGGUAUGAAGAAGCUCUUCACAUGAGUCGCUUCACCGUUGCAAGGUGUUGGCCGAAAACACCUGACCUACCCCCAGUGCCAGAAGAAAAGCAGCUGUCUCCAGUGGACGAGUCUCCUCGAGCAGGACCCUCUUCCAACUGAUGGGAAUUCUGAUUUUAUAAAUGGGGUGGGGGGAUCCCCAGCAUAGCCACAGACAGACAAAUGGGACAUUUUUUCCCCCUAACUUUUGGAAGAUUUAAGAUGACGACUAUACACUAUUCAGUGGAAAGGAUGGCUUCCCACUCUUCGUUUCCAGCCACAUGUAUUUUCUAACACGGAAUGCUCUAACUGGGAACUCUAAUUCUUUAUCCAGUGGCCAGAAUUUGUAACUAACCUCUAGCAAUGCUGACUACUCCUGAACCAAGAAAGCAUCAAAAGUACCUUGAAUGCCUAUAGCUAUUGAGUUCCUUUGCCUAUGGGAUACUGCAGGUGGUUUUUCUUUCUGCCAGCUGUAACGCAAGAGUAGAUUGUGGUACAUUUGAGGAGAAAGACAAGAGUGUAGGCACAGCCAUAGACAUGAAUGCACUGAAGCGUGAAUUCUUCCUCUUGAGAGAACAUUCACUUUUCUACUGAAUGCCAGUGACACUCUUGGCAUCAUAAUACCUAAUACCUAAGUGGACCCAGGUAAUCGUAAUACCUAAGUGGACGUUCAGGAUCCAGGGGUAGGAUUGCAGACACGGGCUAAGGGAACAGAGUACAUACGGUACCCAAGUGCCGAAUAUCAAGGUCUUUCCUUCAUCCUGGUCCUACUCUCUAGCAAUAUGAGAAACUUCAUGGAGUGCAGUAACACUUUCUAUUAAUUUCUCAGUGUUUCUGCCUUGCAAACACAUGCACUCACACGCGCGCGCGCGUGCACGCCUGCACAGACACACGCAGUCUUUUCUCACUCUAAAAGAAUGGCAUUGUUUCGCUUCUUUUGUCUUUCUGGCCGACCCCUUAAAGCCAGGUUAUCUGUAGUGACCCACACUAGUCUCUAGGAGUGGCCUUCACUGCCACCUCGUGGCCAUGGUAGAAAAUGUCGUCUCCUAUUUGAGCCGAUCUGCACCCCUCUCCAGUUCUUGGAUUAACUAACUGAACUCAGCCCGGAUGGCAUCCUGCCGUGUCGUGCUAAGCUGUCCGCCUGAAAUACUACUGGACAAUUGGGGAUAUGAUGUAUUGUUACUGGACAACUGAGAAAGUAAAGUGUAUUGGGGAAAAAUUACUUGCCAGUGACCUUAGAUAAAUCAUUGACAAUCUUUAAAGGAGUUUCCUCAUCUGUAAAAUAGGGGAUAAUAACACCUCCAAGGAUUGUUGCGAGGCUCAAAUAA